UUCAACAUGGUCCGAAUUACUGAUGAUCUUAUACGGCGUCGUGCUGAGCACAACAACUGUGAGAUCUUCUCUCUGGAGGAGGUUUCACUCCAUCAGCAGGACAUCGAACAAAUAGAGCACAUUGACAAGUGGUGCAGAGACCUGAAAAUCCUCUAUCUACAAAACAACCUCAUCUCUAAAAUAGAGAAUGUUGGCAGACUGAAGAAGUUGGAGUAUCUGAAUCUUGCACUGAACAAUAUUGAAGUGAUUGAAAAUUUGGAAGGUUGUGAAAGUCUUCAGAAGCUGGACCUGACUGUGAAUUUUGUGGGUCGAUUGAGCAGCGUGAAGAAUCUAAAGCAGAAUGUGCACCUGAAGGAGCUUUUCCUAGUGGGCAAUCCCUGCGCUGAGUUUCAGGGGUACAGACAGUACGUGGUGAACUGCCUGCCUCAGCUUCAGUGGUUGGACGGCACGGCGAUAGGAUGGGCAGAACGGAUAAAGGCAAUGCAGAAUGAAGACGACGUGAGGAAGAGUGUUUCAAAGCAAGAGGCUGAAUAUGUGGAAAAGAGAGAAAAGCAGAAGAUACAAGGGCUAAAUGAGACCUCAUUCAGCAACCUACAGGAUGAAGACCUCACAGAUCUUUCAAGCAACUGUUCAGUCUUUCAGGAAAACAAGGAAAACACAAACCAGGACCCUGAUUCUGAGUCUCAGAAGAACCAGAAUUCAAGCCCUCACUCGGAGAAGGAAUUUUGGGAAAAGCCGUGUGAUUUUACUCCGGAGUCAAGACUGGAGGCACAUCGUCAUUUAGAGGAAAAGAGAAGAGUUAAAGAGAGUCAGAGAGAGCCGAAGAGGAAGGACAUGCCCCCUCGGACUCUGAUCACAUCUGAUGGAAGAAUACUGAACGUUAAUGAGCCCAAGCUGGACUUUACUCUUACUGAAGAUGACGAUAACAAUUGUGUGUUAGAUCUACAUGUGUACAGGCACUUGGACACCUCUCUGAUGGAUGUGGAUGUCCAGCCUACAUAUGUGAAGGUGACCUUCAAAGGAAAGAUUUUCCAGUUGGUUUUACCUGCUGAAAUAAAACCCGACAGCAGUACAGCACAGAGAUCUCAAACCACUGGUCACCUGCUCAUCACUAUGCCCAAGGCACAUGGAGAGAUAAAGGUAAAAAGAGCCGUUCCCAAACGGACCAGUGUUAGCUCCAAGAAGACAACCGAGGAAAAGGCCAGGGUUGUUACACAUCGUGAGAGAUUAGAGGUCGACCCCAGCAAGAGCUUUGCUGUAAACCUGGCCAACAUUGUCUCUAAAGAAAACCGCACCACUCAGGGUCCCGUGCAGCUCUUACGGACUAGUGGACCCCUGGAGAAGCCUGUUUCCAAGGAGUUUGUGGAUGAUCCAGAGGUGCCACCGCUCAUCUGAGAAAGACUCAGAAAAGGACUCAUGCUCAGUUGACUAUACCAUUGCACAUUUUGUGAUUUAUUUUACCUGCUACCUUGAUGGACUGGGGUGGAAUAACACACCAAGAAAAUGGGUGCUGGAGCCUAUCCCAACUUUUCAAUGGGCGCGAGGCACACAGUAACAUCCUGGACGGGGCGCCAGUCCAUCGCAGGGCGGACACACAUACACACAGAUACACACCCAUCCACCUAUAGGGCAAUUCAGUGUCUCCAAUUAACCUGACUGCAUGUUUUUGGGCUGUGGGAGGAAACCGGAGCUCCCGGGGGAAACCCACGCAGGCACGGGGAGAACAUGCAAACUCCGCACAUAUGAAUAGGGCUAGUUUGACUGCACCCGUUAAUAAAACAGUGGACUCUUGCCAAGGUCCAGAAAUACCACCAAUAAACACUGAUGGUCAAUCAUAAUCAGUAACAAGAAAUUAGAAGGCCAAGCCACGAAGUAGAUUUUCAAAUAAAACAACUGAAUAAUCGUAUGA